UGAGGCUGAGACGAGGUGGCAUGGGCAUGCCGUAAAUGAAGGAAAUAGAAAAGAAAAGGGGAAGAAAAGAAAGUGAAAAGGUGAAAGUGACGACAGUCUCGGGUACGGCCCCCGAGAGGGCGCGCAACACGCGGCGGCUCGGCACUGGCGAUGCCGAGUGCCAGGAACACCCCCGGCGUCAGUCUCUCUCGUCCAUGCGGCGGUACACCGCACCCAGAGGUGGAGCCAGUCCGUCGGUCGACGAGGGCCGCGGCGGACUUCGGGGGUGUUUCCCGGCGUCACACCCGACUCGAGGUGGCGACUCCAGCCGCCAGGUACGUCCCCACGCUGACCGGGGCCAUCCGGACGACGCCUUCGCCACCCGGACGCGACGAGUCGGGUCCGCCGCGCGGCAGAGGCGCCACAGAUCCCAGGGGACGCAUCCUGGCGUCGCGCACGCGGAGCACGUCCCGCGCCGGCGUCUCGGUCUGCGACAUCGGUGUCAAGAAAGCGACGCACUUGUGCCGCACGCCGAGGGUCCCGGCGCCCGUCGUCGCAGCGCCAGCGGGUCCGCCGCGGGCCGCGCCGGUCGAGGGCGCGAGGCCCGCCCGCAGAGCGGACGCGUAGUCCAUUCGUCCGGCGGGCGCCCCCACCGAGCUGCCGGCGCCCGAGGGCGCGGGAACUGCACCCGCGGACGCGGCAGGGCCGCAACCAGCAGGCCCCGGGCCGGCCAUCGAAAGCGCCAUCGCCAGCCGGGCCUCGGUGGCCGCCAGUCGACCAUGCAGCUCGGCCGUCUCCCGCCGCGC